UCCUGGGUGUAAAUUGCUGAUCUAUACCAGAGAACAGUGUUUAAGCCUCCAUCAUUCUAAAGGUGAAAUCAAACUGGACCAGCCUUCCUGAGCUCGAUCAAUCUCUAACCUUAUCACAACCCCCGAAAAACAAACACUAUCAGUUCCGACAUAACCAAAGCAAACUGAUAUUUAAACAAACACCAUAUUGCGGAGGAACACUGUAAUUUGAAAGUGACAUGGUCCUAUAUUUAGGGGAUUUUUUUGGCAGUUCAGCGGAGAAACCUGUAAUUGAGCAGACACUUCCCCUCUCGCGCGCGCGCUGCCGCAUUACGCACAGCACAGUCUACCCUUUCUGACGCUGUCGGGCGCGUAUUAGGGUUACAGGGGUCUUCGAGAGACCAUAUCAGCCUGUUCAGCCCUGGGCGGUGCAACACCUCUGUCAGCUCUGCGCAGUUAUGUACACCAGAUCGAGGAUUUCUGGUGAUCACACAAAUUACCACGGACACAUUUUUGGCUUUGCACCAAACGCUUUAAUUUUCAUCUCUGAAAUCUGAAGCCUGCGGGCGAAUGGUGCUUAAUUACAGAAGAACUUAAUUUUGAACUUUACGGAUUUUUCUUGCGUUGGAAUACUGAAACAUGACCUUUCUGCGCGCGUCCUGAGAAGUGAUUUUUGCGCAAUAAGAAUCACAAAGAAGCGGAGCAUGGAGAACGGCACUUUCAGCAACGGGACUUGGACUGAUAACAGUGUCGAAUACAAGGUGGUGAGCAUCCUAUUAGUGAUCCUUAUUUGUGGAGUUGGAAUUGUUGGGAAUGUUAUGGUCAUUCUUGUGGUCUUGACGACCAAGCACAUGCGUACCCCGACUAACUGUUACUUGGUGAGCCUAGCAGUUGCCGAUCUCAUGGUUUUAACCGCAGCCGGGCUGCCCAACAUCACCGAGAUCCUGUUCGGCGGUCAGUGGGUGUACGGCUACGCCGGGUGCCUCUCCAUCACUUAUUUCCAGUAUCUGGGCAUCAACGCGUCCUCCUGCUCCAUCACAGCCUUCACCAUCGAACGCUACAUAGCAAUUUGCCACCCGAUAAAAGCGCAGUUCAUGUGCACCCUCUCCAGAGCCAAGAAAAUCAUUGUGCUCGUCUGGGUCUUGACGUCCCUCUAUUGCGUUAUGUGGUUUUAUCUGCUGGACACGAGGGAGAAAGUUUAUGAUAACGCUGUUCUUGUGACGUGCGGCUAUAAAGUGUCCAGAGAACUGUAUUUGCCUAUUUAUUUUACAGAUUACGCGGUGUUCUACGUUAUCCCGCUCUUGUUAGCCACUGUUUUAUACGGGUUGAUCGCAAGAAUCCUUUUCCUCAACCCACUCCCGUCGGAUCCCAAGGAAAGUCGAAGAAAUUGGAAGAAGGAGUCGUCUGUGCACGGGAACUCCAGGAGUUCAUCCAACAGCACGACUGUGGCUUCUCGGAGACAGGUGACGAAGAUGCUGGCGGUGGUGGUGAUCCUCUUCGCUCUGCUCUGGAUGCCAUACCGGACGUUAGUGGUGGUCAACUCCUUCCUCAAGGAAGCCUAUCUGGACACCUGUUUCCUUCUGUUCUGCCGUCUCUGCAUCUACAUGAACAGCGCCAUCAACCCCAUCAUCUACAACGCCAUGUCACAGAAGUUUCGCGCCGCCUUCCACAAACUAUGCCACUGCAGGCCUCAGCGCUCAGAAAAGCCCCCGGCGUACAGCGUGGCCCUCACAUACAGCGUCAUCAAGGAGACAUCCAACGGAGAGAGUCCAGACCACUACACCACUGAGCUGGACGACAUCCGGGGGGCCGCAGAAGAUCUGCUGCCCGAGCGGAAGAGGCUGUGCUUUAAAGAGCCUGCUAAAGACACACUGGCAACAGCUUGACACGGUCAGAUGAGGUUGUUUCAUUUGUAGUGUUUCACAGUGCUGCUGAGUGAAAUAGCAUUUUGACAAUCACAGAUUUUUAGUCACAAAUUUAAAGCUAAGAGGAUUUUAUUCAUAGCAUUUGAAAGUAGAUUUACGGUACUUGUCAGAAGUUUGAAGUGAUGAUUAAAACAAAAUGGUUUUGAGUAGGGAUGCUUCGAUCGAUCGGCCAGAGAUCAGUAUCGGCCGAAUACCACAUUUUCAUGACUCGAUCGAUAUUCGCUAAUCUGGUCGAUCUCAUGAACCGAUCAAAAUUGUUUGUCUAUAAGAUUACAAGCAGAGAUCAACACAUAAGAGCUGAAAUCUUUUUACAAAUCAAAACUGAAUGUUCUCUGUUAAGUUCAUUAAAUUGUGGCUGGAAAUAUUAGGGAAAUAAAAACAAUUGUUUAACUUGAAUAUUUAAUAACUAUUGUAAUAUAUUUAUUGCAAUUGACAGUAGUUUAUGGACUUAUUUCCUUUUUAGUAAAGAAGAAAUGAAUUUUGAGGUGUGCAUUUUAAUUCCUUAUAUGCUCCAAACUUAAUUGAGACAUGUUGAAUUCUUCAUCCAUGAUUUGCAAUGUUUUCAAAUUGCUUCAUUACUUUUUAAAUCUGUUUUAUUAAUUUAUUCUGUAAAGCUCCUUCUGACCAUGACAUGUCCACACUAAAUGGUUAUAAGGUACAUGUUUAAGGAAUUAUAUGCAGAAUCUUUAAUUUAUUCUCUGAGGUAAGGCGAGAUCUCCACUUAAGUAUCACACUUAGACUGAAAAUGUGCUUUAUGCAUUAUAAAGCUUGAAGCAUCAGAAUCGGUACUCUGUAUUGGCCGAUCACCAUGACAAGGAAUUGGUACUCGGUAUUGGCUGCAAAAACCUUGAUUGGAGCAUCCCUACUUUUGAGGAAUUUAUUUGUUUAUAAAUGCAGUAACAAAAAGGAACAGUGUGGAAUAUUGUUAGAGUAUCCAAUAACUGCUUUCUAUAGAAAUUUGUUUUAAAAAAAAUCUAAUUCAUUUUCUAUGAUGGCAAAUAGUUUUUUCAUCAGUAUUACUCCAGUAAAUAAAUAGCAAAAAUAUCUGUUAAUUGGGUGAAAAUACAAAACAAAAGCAUGUUUUUUUCUUAUUUUAUCA